UACUCUGCUGAGGAGUUAGCUGAGAAGCUAACAAUCUGUGCGGCCGGUGGAAUUCUGUUACGAUGAAAUAUUAAUAAAACACAAUUAAUUUAAUAAUUCAAACAUGCUACUGCAGACUCUAAGACCGGCUACGGCCUUUAUUCGCAGCAGGAGUAUAGUAGCAUUAUCGAGACUUUACCAUGCGGAUAAAGUAGCGACUCUCGGCUCCCAGCAGGACACGCAGUCUCCAGAAUAUCAGGAAAACUAUGAGCGUAUGCAAGUGCUGGUCAAGGAGCUGAAAGACAGGGCAGAAAAGAUCAAGCUUGGUGGAGGCGAGAGAGCAAGAAAACUGCACACAUCCAGAGGAAAGCUACUGCCUCGGGAGCGCAUUGAUAGACUGCUGGACCCCGGCUCUCCCUUUCUGGAGCUUUCCCAGUUCGCUGCUUAUGAGCUAUAUGGGAACGAGGAGGUUCCUGCCGGAGGUAUUAUCACUGGUAUUGGCAGAGUAUCUGGAGUGGAAUGUGUUGUAGUAGCAAAUGACGCCACUGUCAAAGGAGGCACCUACUAUCCCGUUACUGUUAAGAAGCAUCUUCGUGCUCAAGAGAUUGCACAGCAGAACCAUUUGCCAUGCAUUUAUCUGGUGGACUCUGGAGGAGCCAACCUGCCUAGGCAAGCUGACGUGUUUCCUGAUAGAGAUCACUUUGGUCGCAUCUUCUUCAACCAAGCACGUCUGUCUUCUGAGGGUAUUGCACAGAUUGCCGUAGUGAUGGGCUCUUGUACAGCAGGGGGUGCAUAUGUGCCUGCCAUGGCCGAUGAGAGUAUCAUCGUUGGCAAACAAGGGACCAUUUUUCUCGGUGGGCCCCCACUAGUGAAGGCUGCUACAGGAGAGGAGGUCUCAGCUGAAGAUCUCGGAGGUGCCGAUCUUCACUGCAGAAAGUCUGGUGUAACUGAUCACUAUGCCUUAGAUGAUGAUCACGCUCUUCAUCUGGCGAGGAAAGCUGUGCGCAAUCUCAACUACCACAAGAAGUUAGAUGUUACUGUGGAACAUCCAGAGGCACCAUUGUUCCCAGCAGAUGAGUUAUAUGGCAUCGUGGGUGAUAACUUGAAACGAAACUUUGACAUGAAAGAGGUGAUUGCUCGUGUUGUUGAUGGCAGUAAAUUUGAUGAAUUCAAGGCUUUCUAUGGAGACACACUUGUAACAGGUUUUGCUCGGAUAUUCGGUUAUCCAGUGGGAAUCAUUGGUAAUAAUGGAGUAUUGUUUUCAGAAUCAGCAAAAAAAGGAACCCAUUUUAUUGAGCUGUGCUGUCAAAGAAACAUUCCACUUAUCUUCCUUCAGAACAUCACAGGCUUUAUGGUCGGAAGAGAGUAUGAGGCAGGUGGCAUUGCUAAAGAUGGUGCUAAAAUGGUGACAGCUGUGGCCUGUGCCAAUGUGCCUAAGAUAACUCUACUUAUCGGAGGAUCCUACGGGGCUGGAAACUAUGGCAUGUGUGGAAGGUCGUACAGUCCCAGAUUCCUGUACAUGUGGCCUAACUCACGUAUCUCAGUAAUGGGAGGAGAACAGGCUGCAAAUGUGCUGGCCACCAUCACUAAAGACCAGAAAGCUCGUGAAGGCAAAGAGUUCACACCAGAACAGGAGGCAGCUAUAAAGGAACCCAUUAUCAAGAGGUUUGAGGAGGAGGGAAACCCAUAUUACUCCAGUGCCAGACUGUGGGACGACGGAAUCAUCGACCCUGCUGAUACUCGCCUGGUGCUGGGACUCAGUCUGAGUGCUGCCCUCAAUGCCCCCACCCAGAGGACUCGCUUUGGUGUCUUCAGAAUGUAAAGCUAUGCAGUAUCACCUUUGUGGAUACAAAGCUAUGCAGUAUCACCUUUGUGGGAUUGGGUCUGUUUUUAGGGAAGGCAAUGGAACACUUAACAUUCUUACCAUGGGCAGGUUGCACUUCUGCUUCUAUUCAUCUUAACAUUUGACUCAAUUAGUAAAAUGUCUGUUAAUCAAAGUUCCUGCUUCUUAUUUUUAGAAGUUGAUUGAAAGGCUAUGCAAAAUACCCCUGCUUAUACUGAUUAUUAAAACGAUUCCACUUACAGUUAUUGAUGCUCUUUUAUUGAUGCGCAUUGAUGAACUGCAGAAAUCAAGUGAGGUGUUGAGAAAAUAAUCAAGCUUAUAGUAGAAAUUUCUUAAGCUUUAAUUACUGCUGGUGUUUUGAAACAAGUAUCACUUUUAGAAAGCAGGAACAGCCACACAGCAUCAGGGUUGUGGGAACCUGGGUUUGUUUUUCAGCUCAGUUCAUUGUCCAUGUGGAGUUUCACAUGUUCUUAUGAGUCCAUGUGGGCUUCCUCUGGGUACUUACUGUAUGUCUUCAUUGUUCUCCCAGAAAUGCAGAAAGUGGACUAGCUGUGUUUCUCUAUUGUGCCUAGUGUUAUCUCGAGGCACUGGAGCCACUGUGGCCCUGAUUGAUAUAAAGUGUAUACUAAAGAUGAAUAAACACUACUUUUUAGAUUUAA